UUAAAUUUGUAAAAAAUGAACCAAUAUCUGGGGAAAAUAAGGGUAAAGAGAAAAUAUUUGAUAUCCGUAUCAUGCACUUUGUUGUAUGCUCAGUUAUACUUCCAGGUUACAUGGAUGGAGAAUAUGCAAAAAAAUCAGAUUCCAAAGCCCAGAUUCUAAAACGUGGAGGAACUACAAGUUCUCAAAAGGCUCUAGAAGAAAGCAGGAAAGCACUAAAAAAAGAAAUAUUUACAGAUUCUGCUGAAUCUUUGAUAUCAAUACACAAAAAAGAGUCAAAAAGAAGGACAAAAGACAAUGAAUUGGAAAAAGAGAAGAAAGGGAUGGAUGUCGAGGUAGGCAGUAAUGCUGAAAUACCAAAAAGACAAAAAUCUCAAAUAAAGAAGAGUGAUUCCAUAAUACCAGAAAGACCUGAAGCCCAAGAGAAGACAAGUGAAGAGGAAGUAUCAGUAGUUCAGGGAUCACAAAAAAAGACACACGAGGAAGCAGUACCAGAAGGACAGGAAUCAAGUGAGGAAAAAGUACCAGAAGGAGAGCAAGUCCAAAAAAAGACGAGUGAGAGUAAAGCACCAGGAAAGGAAGUCCAAAAAAAGACAAGUGAGAAAAAAAUACUAGAACAGGAAGUCCAAAAAAUGACUAGUAAUGAAGAAGUACAAGAAGUACAGGAAGCCCAAAAACAGAAUAAUGAGGAAAAAGUACCAGAAGCACAGGAAGUCCAAAAAAAGACAAGUGAGAGAAAAAGUACAAGAAGUACAGGAAGUCCAAAAAAGACAAGUGAGAGAAAAGUACCAGGAUAUGAAGUUCAAAAACAGACAAGUGAGAAAAAACUAUCAGAAGGACAAGAAACCCAAGAUAAUGACAGCUCUGAUGACAAAGGAAAUACAGGCAAAAUAAUGGAAGAUGCAAAAAAGGAUCAAGAAGAAAGAAAAGAUGCUAAAACCAAGGAAGGUGAUAAUGGAAAAGACAAAGGUAAAGGAAAGACCGAAUCAGUAAAGGGCUCAAUAAAGGGCAAAGGCAAGUAGAGAAAAGAAGUAUAAGAAGUGGAAGAGUAAGGGUAAAUAAAAGAAAGGUCCAUAGGACAACUGAUCAUUAUGAUCCCCAUCCUCCAGAUACAAGCCAUAUCCAAGCUAUCGCCAAAUUGACUAUAAUUAUAAAAUCCCUUCUAUUCAUAUACGUACAAUUUUUGCUCUUCAAAAGUUUCACCAUUUCUUAGACCUCUCAACCACAAUCCUCACUUCCCAAUGCUUAUUUUAUAACUUGAUGCAUAUAUUACUCAGUCAAGAAAGAUUAGAUGCUUCUUAAAAUAAAACAUUUG